UCCUGGCCACCCCCCUGUCCCUGCCUUAAUAAAGCCGCCCAGUUGGCCUUCCACAGUGUCAUUCUACUGUAAGAGCUCUCCUUGGAUUCAUCUUACAGUCUUCACCAUGGCAAGCAAGAUGGUCAUCCAGCAGCCCAAGCCACUGGUAGUGGCGGCUACCUCGGACCAGUGGUCCACCAGCAUCUGCGAGUGUGAAAGCGUUAACGAAUGCUGUUUCUCGGUGUGGUGCUUCCCUUGCUUUGCCUGCAUCACAGCGCGGGACCAUGGCGAAUGCCUGUGCCUCCCUCUCCUGGACUCAUUCGGCCUUAUCCCCCCAGUCACACUCUCCAUGAGGGUGUCAAUGCGCAAGCGCUACGGCAUCACGGACACUAUCUGCAACGACUGUGUGUAUGCCUUCUUCUGCGGCCCAUGUAGCUGGUGCCAAAUCAGGCGCGAGAUGAAGGCCAGACUUCACCCUGUCACACUGUUCAACAACAGGCCAAUGGGCUAA